UGAGGUAAAAUUUAUUUACAUGAAACGCAAAUGCAUGUGUGAAAUUUAACAAGUACAUGUAUAUAUCCAAAAAAUACAUGUUUCUUGUAUUGACUCUCAUUUUAUGAAGCGCCAUCUGCUUCUUCACUAUUAUUAUUCGAACAAAUGAGAACCACUGAGUGUAAAUAUGUAUAACGAACGUAUAUAUUGGUAAGAUUUUACUUUGUAGCGGUCAAUAAAUAAAUUGCUCAAAAAUAUGAAUGUAUCUAAUAUGUUAAAAAAUGUUAUUAAUGACGAAAAGAACUCUAAAAAGAAAAAAAGCUCUAUAAACGAAGAAAAAGACAGAUUAAAGAAACAAAUAAAUCAGUUGAAAUCUAUAAUUUUGCAAAUAGAAUGGAGUUUGGAUAUAUCAAAAUUUAAGAACAGUAAAUGUAUCAUUCCACCAAGCAGUAUUAGUAGUCUGAGAACUGAUGAUAUUCAAGAUAUUAAUUUACAAUUACAAUCUGAAUUAUAUAGAUAUUCCGGGUUUUAUUGUGUUAAGUUCACAAAGCAAGAAUAUAUAUUUAAUUUUUCAUGUUCAAAUAAAUAUGACAAAGAUAAUAUUUUUGCUAUACAAAUUUUCAAUGACCAAAACAAAGGAGUUUUGGGAAAAUGGGUGAUGCCAAUGGCUAUUGAUUUAAAGGAUAUGAUAGCUGAUUUUCCCAUCCAUAAAUUAAAAAAUAUACCAUGUUUGUUAAAAAUUUGUAAACAACAUGUAGACUCUUAUUUCAUACGACACGAACAAUAUGCAACAUUGAUGCGUAGCAUUUCUAAUAUAAAAAAUUGUAAGUUACAAACCAAUUUAGGAUGUACACAAAUCAAUUUAGAACUGAUAGGGGUAUAUAAUAAAAAUACAGAUUCAUAUAUGACCAUAAUUAUAUAUCUCCUAUAUAAGAUUAAUGAAGCUAGACCAUACAAAAUUGAGGUAGAUUCAGUAAUAGAAGAAGAAUUAGAUAAAAAGACUAAAAAACAUCUGCGAUCAUCCUUAGCCUGUUUUAAACAAUUUGAUUUGCACACAGCAUUUGAGAAGAUGUUAAACAAAGGAGAAUUUACAUGGAUAAAAGAAGAUAAUGAAGAGAGUCUAUUAGAUGUUAAUCCUUCAGAUAAUUCAGAUCAAGAGGGAUUUUUAGAUAGUUUCACAUUACCACAAAAAAGAUCUUUAAGACUUGAAAAGAAAAAACAACAAAUGAGAAAAAGAAAAAAAAUAUCAGGAAAAGAAAACUUAAUUAACAUUUCAAAUGAAUCUGAUAAAAAUCCUAUUUCUUCUGAAAAUGAAGAGCAAGAAUCAAGAAAAAAAAGAAAAAUAACAAAGAAAGAAAAAUUUAUUAAUAUCUCAAGUAAAACUCAUAAAAAAUCUUUUGAAAAUAAAAAGCUGAAAUUGAAAAAAAAAUGGAAAAUCUUAGGGGGAAAAAAAUUCAUUAACAGUUCAGAUACAAACAAAACUGACAAAAAUUCUAUUUCUCUACAAAAUAAAGAGUUGGAAUUGAAAAAUAUUAAACAAUCUACGAGACAACAAAAUGUCAGUAGUACUAAAUCUAUACCAAAUAAUUUAAAACAAAAGAAAUUAAAACAAACAAAACUGAAAUUUGAAACAAGUCAUUCAGAAUUACAGAAUAGUAGUAAUACUACAUCCUCUGAUGCGACAGUCUUUAAAAAUAAACAGAUAAACAAACUAAAUAAACCAUUUACUAGUACUCCAAUACGUCGAAGUAAAUAUCAUCCUCCCAAUUUCAAUGCAUCAAUUAAUACGGAUAUUAGUAAUAUUACAAUAAGCAACAAUAAUGUAGAACUUAAGAAAUUAAUGCGAAACAAAAUGAGUAGAAGAAUAAAGUCUUUGGCUGAAACAACAUUACGGAGAUCAAAACGAAUUAGCACUAUAACAGAAGUAAAAAAAUUUAAGUAUUCCAUAUAAUGUAAAAUAUCCAACGAAUUUCUUAUUUUAAAGUUUAAUGUACCAAAUGUUUUUUUAUAC